AUGGGGAAGAAGAAGAAGAAUAGUGGAAGACAGUUGUUCAACAUUGGUCUCCGAGCAUCCAAUUCAAGCUUGCUCUCACCUGCGGAGCAAUCUCAGCUUAGAUCUGAUGAUGAUGAUGAAAGUUCUCCAGGUAUAAUGGGUUCAACUGGUCCAAAAGGUGAAAAGAAGAAGAAAACAAUGGCGGAUAUUCUUGAUUCUUGCAACUCUCAAUCUGUAGCUCCUCUAACUGGGGUUCAGGUACGUAGUCUGAGUAGAUCUCUUACUUCUGGUGUGGAAACUUCAUCCAUGGUAUCUUGGGCUGAUGAUCUUGAUCUAGAUCUAGAAAUGGAUUCUCCUCUUAAUCCAGUUCUUUCACCUGUUAAAAUUUCCUCUGCGACUCCUUUGAAUCCUAUUUUGAACUCUGGAAAUAAUAGUGCUCCUUUGAGAAGUUCUGGUAUCGGUACUGUUCCAUUGAAUUUUGAAAAUCAAGAAAAUGCUAUUAAUUUGGAAUCAGAUAAACAGGAUGAGAUCAUUCCACCACCAGUUCUUAAUGAUGCUCCAAAAGAGAUUCCUAAAAGAAGUUGGGUCAGUUUUUUUGCUGAUAAUAGAAAACAGGGCAGUGGUUUAGAUCUAAACUAUAUUCCCCCUGUAUCAAAGGAUGUGGUUUCUUUUAAUGAUGAAGAAUGGAAUAAAGGGGUUCAAAUCUGGCAGUUCUCCCUUGUUGGUCAGGUUAUGGGGUUGAAUGUCAAAUUUAAAGCAAUGGAAGGUUUCAUUAAGAAAGUUUGGUCUCCUAUAGCUCUGCCUGAGAUUAAUCUUCUCAAAUCUAGAGUUUUUCUCUUCAAAUUCAAUAAUAAGGAUGAUAUGAAUAAUAUACUUUUAUCUGGUCCCUGGUUUUUUGGUUCUCGACCAAUGUUAUUGAAGCCUUGGACAGUGGGGGAGGAUUUUGAAAAGAUGAAGGAUUGUAUCUAUCCAUUGUGGAUCCAGCUACCAGAGCUAAAAUUAAACCUAUGGAAUGCUAAGGGAAUAAGUAAAAUUUCUAGCACUAUAGGCCAUCCCAUAGCUACUGAUAUGCUCACUGCUAAUAUGAAAAGACUGGCAUAUGCUAGAGUGCUUGUUGAAGUUAAAAUGCCUUCUCCUCUCCCUGAUCAGAUAGCUAUCAAAGGGCCUGAUGGUUCAAAAUAUUUUCAAAAAAUUAUAUAUGAAUUAAAACCAAGAUGGUGUGAUCACUGUAAAAAUGUUGGGCAUGAUACUAAAUUCUGCAAAAGACAUUAUCCUGUGCAAAGAUGGGUCCCUAAGCAAAGAAAUAUUGCGGUUCAACCUGGUGAAGUCCUGGAGAAACAAUUUGAUGAUCCUGUUGGUAAUCAACAUGCUGACAGUAUUAGCUUGCAUCCUCCUGCAGAGAAAAUUGGAGUUGAAACUAUGUCUAUUUCAGAAGAAGUGACUCCAGCUAGUGAAAUGAACAGUGCUGUGCACGUUGUGCAUGUUCAUCCUGUUUUGGAAAUAAAUAAGGGAAAAGAAGCUAUCCUUACUGGAAACUCCUGGACUCAAGUUCAUAGAAACAAAAGCAAAGGAGUAAAUCCAUUCUCUCCUCUUUCCAACUUGAUAUCAAUCCUAGACCCCUCAAAUAUUGAUAGGGGGGAACAAACCAAUGAACCUGUUAUUUUGGAAUCUCUUCUUGAAACAAAGCUGAAGCUAAGUAAUGUCCAGGCUAUUGCUAAGAAGAUUGAUAUUAACUGGCAGUGGUUUUCUAAUAACAAUAAUUCAGACAAAGCCAGAGUUAUGAUCUUGUGGGAUCCUAAUAUUUUUGAUGUCCAUAUCAUCUGUUUUUCUGCUCAACAUAUCUCUUGUGCUGUCAAGUCUCUGGAUGGAAGACUAAAUUGCAUCAUUUCCUCAGUUUAUGGAUAUAAUCAUGCUGAUGCUAGGAAGCUGUUAUGGAAUGAACUCUCUCAAAUUCAGCAAAAUUUAGGUAAUCUGCCUUGGUUGUUGUGUGGUGACUUCAAUGCUAUGAUCUCUGAUGAUGAGAAACUGGGUGGUACUGCUCUAACAGAAGCUGAUACCUAUGAUUUCAAUCAAUUCAUUGAUACCUGCCAGCUUUCCCAUUUGAAAACCAUUGGUUGUUUCUUUACUUGGAAUAACAAACAAGAUGCGGCUACCAGGGUUCUGAGCAGACUGGAUAGAGCUUUAGUCAAUGAUCAAUGGAUAAAUACUUAUAAUUCUAGUCAAGCAGAAUUCCUUUUACCCAGUUUCUCUGAUCAUUCUCCUGCACUUGUUACAAUUUUUGAGGAUCAAGUGCAUGGUAAAAAGCCAUUUAGGUUCUUUAAAAUGUGGACCAAACAUUCAGACUAUCUGCCUACAGUGUCUUCCAUCUGGAAUACUUCAAUUGAUGGUCACACCAUGUUUUCUAUUGUUUCAAAGCUUAAACUUCUGAAAACAGCUCUGAAGGAUCUUAACAGAAGGCACUUUAAUAAUAUCAGUGAGCAGGUUUUGAGAGCAAAAGCUAAUCUGGAAAAUGUUCAAAAGGCCUUAUCAUUAGACCCUCUUAAUGAUGCUCUCAUAAGGCAAGAGAAGGAUUAUAUCUCUUCUUUCAAUAAGCUGUUAGAUUGUGAGCUUUCUUUCUACCAACAAAAAGCUAGAAUAAAUUGGAAUCUCCAAGGGGACAGGUGCACAAAUUUUUUCCACUUUAUUGUCAAAAGCAACAGGCACAAGAAUAGAGUCAUGGUCCUGUAUAACAGCAAUGGCAUUAGAAUUACUGAGGGUGAUAUGAUUAUCCAGGAGCUAAUUUCUUACUAUAAGACCCUGUUAGGAUCAUCAGUUCCUACUGUCCCUCCUGAUACAGAUAUAAUCAAAAAUGGCCCAUGUCUCAAUGACCUCCAAGCCAGGGAAUUAGCUAAGCCAGUCACAAAAGAGGAAAUCAGGAAUGCUAUCUUCUCCAUGUCAGAUGAAAAGGCACCAGGCCCUGAUGGUUUCAAUGCUUCAUUUUACAAAUCUGCUUGGUCCAUUAUAGGAGAUGAAACCACAAAAGCUAUAGUGGAUUUUUUCAAGUCUGGUAAGCUUUUGGGUACAAUAAAUUCAACUGCUAUUACUCUUAUCCCCAAGAUACAAUGUCCUUCAACUCCUGCUGAUUUUAGACCUAUCUCAUGUUGCAAUUGUAUCUAUAAAUUCAUCUCAAAGAUUCUAGCUAACAGAUUACAAUCAGUUCUGGGGUUUAUCAUCAGUGAAGCUCAGUGUGCCUUUGUAAAAGGUAGGCAAAUCCAGAACAACAUUUUAUUGGCUCAUGAGCUAGUAAAGAACUAUGGAAGGAAGCAUCUGUCUCCCAGAGCCAUGCUUAAUAUUGAUAUUAGGAAGGCAUUUGACACAAUAAAUUAG